AUGAAUUACUCUACAAAUGGCUCCACUGAGGAGAACGUAACGUUCUCCAGCACGACGACAGAAAUCUUGGAUCAGUCAGAAGACGCGACUUCCCAGGACCCGCGGAUAGUGGCAUCCGACAACAUAUGGAAGGUUUGUUCUCCAAUUCUGAUUCUGUUAGGCACUAUUGGAAACAGUGUCUCCAUUGCUGUCCUUUGCCGGAAAUCUAUUUGGAAGAUCUCCUCCUCUCCGUACCUGGUGGUCCUCGGUGUGGCCGACCUAUUCGUCUUGUGGACAGGUCUCCUCAGACAAUGGCUCAGGUUCUUGGUGAACAUAGACAUUCGGGAUUUGUCCCCCGUCAUCUGUAAACUUCAAAUUUUUUGCCUGUACACCGUCACCGACUUCUCCGCCUGGACUCUUGUGGCAGUAACGGUGGAGAGGUUCAUAUUUGUUUGCUUCCCGUUUAAGGCCAAGAGCGUUUGUACUCGAAGGAGGACCACUUUCACUCUGGUUCUAAUUCUGAUAGCUCUUGCUCUCGUAAACUCCCACUUGUUGUACGGCUAUGAUUUUGUCUACGACGAGCCAUCUGUCAAUGACGGCGACCCGCCAGCCCUUAUCCCCUACUGUGGCCACAUUAAUGACGACUAUUCCAUGUUCUUCGACGAAAUCUGGCCUUGGCUUGACAUAUCGGUUUUCUCACUGGUGCCUUUCAGUAUAAUUGCCAUUUGUAAUAUCUCCAUCAUCACCAAAAUCGCCCGUUCCCUAUUCCGGAACAAGGUAGCGGCCAACAGUGCCGGUGAGGGUGACAAUCGGGUGAAGCCUUCCUCCAUGACGGCCUUGCUACUUUCCCUUAACACCGUAUUUCUUGUCACCACGGCUCCUGUUUGUAUUUACUACAUUGGUUUACCCGAGUGGACGCGCACAGCAACUUCCGAAGAGGACAUGCAGUUGGACUUAUGGUUCGCCAUCGUCCAUCAACUAAUGUAUCUCAACAACUCGGUCAAUUUUCUGUUUUAUUGUAUAAGUGGACAAAAGUUCAGAAGAGAACUGAGAUCCAUGUGCGGACAGAGAAGCGCUACUGGAACGAUAGCUACUGAAUCCUUCGGACGAACAGGUGUCUCGGUCAUCCCUUUAAGGGAGCACACUAACGCAGGAUGA